CUUCCUUUUUGUGACGUAGUUUGUGGUUUCGCCUCCAGAACUCGCAGACCGUUUUGUGCAAACAGAAAACUGAAAUCCCUCCCUCCAAAGAGAGCUCAGCCAGCAGCUGUCAUGGCAUAUCAGCGCAGUGGAAGCAACUUUGUUGAAGUGCAGUAGUUUUUAGUCCCGUUGUGUUGUGUGUGACCGAUUUUAAUCCGGAUUUUGGUGCCCAGACAGCGUAUGAGUGUGGGCAUCACUACUGCAAUUCGAUAUCCGUGUUGACCAUCCAGACUCGACCAUAUCGUUGUCUGUUCGUCCGUCUGCUUGUGCCCAGCCGAUGCGCAUCAAUCGCUUUCUAAUUUGAACCCCAAGCGCGACGAAGGCCUGCGCGGCUGACUGAAGAAGGCGCACCCCGAAUUCUGGCGUCCACUAUUGGUGCCGGGGGCGUGGGCAUGGAAGACGAGCUGGAAGAUAAGAUUCUCUAUCAGACCUUCUUCAAAUCGCACAUGAAGCUCCUCUCGAAGUUCGCAGUCGGCAUCGGCCCGCUCAACAGUUCGGUCGGUUACGUCUGGAAGGUGAUGCGGGUGUAUCUGCUCAAGCCGGAAGUGCUCAUCGCCGGGCUGCUCAUCUUUGUUUUUGUGCUUUACCUUCAAGCGAGCGAGGUAUGGAGCCGCGGGAUCAUCGGGAAGAUCAGCAGCAGCUUCGGGUUCUCGAACCGGGCUGGGAGUCGAUCUGGUAAGCUAGCCCUGCUUAGCUCCGCAGCCGAGAAGCACAGCUGGGAGGACAAACGGGGCACCAGUGCGGUGUAUGCGGUGCAAGGUCGUCGGCCACGGAUGGAGGAUAGAUUCGUUAUUGACGAGAACAUCAACGAAACCGGCAUUUCGCUGUUUGCAAUAUUCGACGGACAUGGUGGAGAAUACGCCGCAGAUUUCGCCAAAUCCGUCCUGGUCACGAAUCUCAACAAAAAACUGACCCAAUCAUCCAACGUCGCUACCGGAAAAGAAUCUUUCAAAACGGCGAAAGAAGAUGACUGCACCGACUCGAAGGACGUCAAAAAAUCCGAUGAAGACCCAAAGGCAGAGAUCAACGAGAGGCACAAGCUUAAAACGGACUCCCCCGGCAGUUCACUGAGCCAGAGGAGGCAAAGCUUCAGAAAAGCCAAAACCGAAGAUGGCAUGGAUAAAUCUGGGAAUGCAGGUUCCAACAACAACGGCAACAACAACGCCGCCCAACAGCUGGAAACCGACCUGCUUAGCAAAUACAUGGGGAACCAGUCACCUGCCCGGCAAAUCACGAAAGAAAACCUGCUGAAUGGUGGGAAAUCCGGGCAGCAACAGCAAAACACGAAACCAAAAACCUACGAAGCCAAGUGCUACGUGCAAAAUGGAAGUAUUAACUACGGUAAGAUCAUCACCGACGAAGUCCUAGCGGCGGAUUACGAUCUGGUUGAGAUGGCGAAAAAAGUUUCAAACUUCGCCGGAACGACCGCCCUGAUAGCGGUGCUGCAUCACACCAAGCUGAUCGUGGCCAAUGUGGGUGACUCGCGGGGGGUCAUGUGCGAUCACAAGGGCAACGCGAUACCGCUUUCUUUUGACCACAAACCGCAACAGGUGCGGGAACAGAAACGUAUUGCCGAUGCCGGCGGAUUCAUCUCGUUUAAGGGCGUUUGGAGGGUGGCCGGCAUUUUAGCCACCUCUCGAGCCAUGGGAGAUUAUCCGCUCAAGGAGAAAAACCUAGUAAUAGCCGAACCGGACGUAUUGUCCUUCGAUCUUAUCGAUCACCGACCAAUGUUUGUUAUCUUGGCUACCGAUGGUUUGUGGGAUACCUUUACCAACGAAGAAGCCGUCGCUUAUAUCCGGGAACGGUUAGACGAACCCCAUUUCGGAGCCAAAAGCAUCACCUUGCAGUCGUACAACCGUGGCUCGGUCGAUAACAUUACAGUGCUGGUGAUCGUUUUCCGAAAUGGUCGCUACGAAAUUGGUUCCUCCAAGUAAAAAAAAAAAAAAUAAAAAAGGAAUUCCAUCACAGCAUCAGCAGCAGCAACAAUCACUUGUAGCUUAAAUGUAGACAACGCGGAAUGCGGCAGGAGUGAGAAAACAGAAUCUACUGUUUGCCUUGGCCACCUAGCAAGAUGGACACCUUUCAGUGAGACUCACCGAUCAGAUUAGGAUUAGUGGUUAGGUUUUACGUUAAAGAUUUCAAAACGAUAUUAGAUACGACACGUCUUUCAGUGCGGUUGACGGUUUUGAAUUGUACACAACGGAGUUUUACUUUCUAUCCAUGGAUAUCUAAUUGUAAGUCAAAUGCAAGCCCGGAUGAUCUCUCACCAUGUCCUUUUUGAAGUCAGGAAAGCUAAAAGCUAAAUGAAACAAAAGAAAAAGAUCCCCAACCUACCCGAAUGUCCAACUGUUAUCUGCAGCAGUUUUAUUUUAUUGAGUUGUUAAAAUCUUAAUUUUAUUUUUUAACGAUUACAUAUUAUUAACUAUAACUUAAUUCAAUGUAAGUUUUCUCUUUACUACUUCGACUCCGACCCGUACCAGAUAUGGUCUUAUAUCAGAUAUUAAGCUAUUCGCUUUUGUUUGACUAAAUCUAAGUCCUGAAAAUUUAAGAAAAAUACACUGAUAUCGAACUGGUUGCUAGUAGGAAGACGAUUCUGGUCGCAGAAUAUAUAUAUGUAUAGGUCAAUAUUUUUUUCACUUCACUAACACGACCUGUUUGACAAAAAUAAACUAUCUUGGACGAAAAUCAUACAACCAAUCAACAUUUGCUCAAAAAAAACUAACAAAUGUUCAGAAUCAAUGAGCUUUGGGUAAUUCUAUUUAACUGUGCCUACAAUUAUAAAAUUUAUAAACAAAACCAGAAGUGAAAGACAAAUUUUGUUUGGUGCCAAAAGAAAAGAAACAAAAAAAAAAACGAAUCUUCAGCUCAAAUUGAUUAAGGAAACACGAAAAACACACAUAAACUUCUAGGAGCUGGAUUUUUAAAGAGUGACCAUCAAUAAUGGGAUUAGGCAAAGUUUGCAAAUCACCUUAGGCAACUACCUACUAUCUAGCGCACGGCUGUUUAAAAUCAAUCGACAAAAACCAAAUAAAAAAAUCUAUCAAAAUGAUAAAUUUCUCUAAAAAUGUA